CAGACACGGAGAAGGAGGAGUAAGCAGCGAGCGAGCGAGGGAAGUGCGCUACUCACCACAUUGCGCAGAGCGGGAGAGGACGCGGUGAGCGGGGCCCGUCGCCAUCCGACCCAGUCGUGUGUUUUCCGGGGCUUAGCGAAGCCAGCCGGGUGGUCCAGGCGAGACGGCGGCUGCGAGAGGGUCAUCCGCUCUUGUCCGAAAACUUUUGGGAGAGUCGGCUUGCAUGAGUGGAGCGGGACGCCUCGGGACAAGACGGAAUGGACAAGCACAAAGUGCUGGACCAGCUCCUCAUGGAGCUCCACCACUUCCUGCUCAUCCUGGACAAAGAGACCCUGAGUGGGAACGCCACCAUCCACAAGGGACUGCUCGCCGACCUUCUUCAGUCCUACAGCGCGUCCAGCGGUGGGGAUGAGGAGUAUAUCUACAUGAAUAAAGUCGUCGUCGGUAGCAAGGAAAAACAGGAAAAAGAUGACAGAGCAGAUGUCCUGGUCAACGGAAAAGCGUCCAAACUUGCCCCCGUCCCACAGAAGAGCCUUCCGAAUCUGCCACCCCCCAGAACAGGAGCCACGACUAGGGAACCUUUUCCCCUGCCCGUCAUCCAGGCGCCGACCUGCUCCGAAGUCUCAGAGAGUUACUAUGAGGAGGCUCAGCCUUACGAGGAGACCGUCAAUGACGACGGCGAGGCGGUCAGCAGCUCGUACGAGUCCUACGACGAGGAGGAAGUGGUGACCAGGGGGAAGUCGCUGUCGGCGCAGCACCAGUGGCCGUCGACCGAGGCGUCCAUCGAGCUGAUGAAGGACGCUCGCAUCUGUGCCUUCUUGUGGAGGAAGAAGUGGCUGGGUCAGUGGGCCAAGCAGCUCUGCGUCAUCAGAGAACACCGUCUAUUGUGCUACAAGAGCUCCAAGGAGCAAACGCCCUUGUUGGACGUGAGUCUGUUGGGGUGCAGCGUUACCUACAAGGAGAAGCAGCUGAAGAGGAAGGAGCACAAGUUGAAGAUUGUUCCUGUGGGAGGGGAGGCCAUUGUGCUGGGGCUCCAGAGCAAGGAGCAGACGGAGCAGUGGCUCAAGGUGAUCCAAGAGAUCAGUCCAAAGCCAACAGAGAAUGGUGACUUCCAGCAUUCCGUCUCUGACUCUCCCAGGCUCAUAUGCACUAAGGGGGAGGUCGGCGACCGACACUCCGCGGCUUCGGAAAGUGGCAGCAGCACUGACGGUCAUGCUGAAUCUCUCGAGAAAGAUGUGAAGAAAAAAUACAGCCCGGGUUUAAAGUUCAGCAACCUGAUGAAUAUCGGGAAAAAAAAAGCAUCGUUGUUGGAAAGCACGGAGAAAUCUGUCGAGACUUCCGGCUACCUCAACGUGUUGGUGAACAGCCAGUGGCGAACGUGCUGGUGUCUCAUCAAGAACGGUCAGUUGUGGUUCUACCAGGACAAGAACAAGAGCAAAAUGAGCCAACCUGCUGUGAGGCUCGAGGGCUGCCAGAUUUCGCCCGACCCUAGCCCGGAACACCUCUACUCCUUCCGAAUCGACAUGAGCGGCACCCAGCUGGCAACCCUGGAGGCCAAGACGUCCGCGGUCAUGGGCCACUGGCUGGGGCUCUUGUUGUCACAGACGGGAACUAAGAUGGACCCAGAGGACCUGACUUAUGACUACGUCAAUGCCGAGAGAAUCAGUAGCAUCGUCAAUGCAGCGAAGACAUCAUUAUACUUGAUGCAGAGGCGCUACUCCGAGCCAAACACCUACAUCGACACCCUGCCCUCCGCCCCCCAGAACCCAGACGACCUGUACGACGAUGUAGCGUCUAUAGCAGACCCAGAGGAUGUUGUUGCUGGCAGUCUACCGCAGAGUGAACAAAACAACAUUGAAGAACAUAACGAAAUGUCCGCACAAGACCUAAAAGACCCAGUGGCUACUGAGGAAGACCCUGAAAACAGAGUAUACCUGGACCUGCUACCUGUGCGGUCUUUCUUGCAUACAGUAGCUGGAGGGAAGGAAUCCCUUGUACAAGAAACGUCAGAAGAAUCUGUCAAGCCCUUAGAGGAACAGAAGGACCCUUCGAGUCCAAAUAAAGAGGUCAGUACAAAUAACCUGCCAGAACCCGAAGCAGCAUCUACUUUAAAUGACUCCAGUUCCGCCAAAGCAGAGGAAGAAAAGUCCCCGACUCCCACCACAAAGCCUCAGCAGCAAACUCCACUAAACUCCAAGACCCUGCCUCUAACUCAGGAGUCCUCUAAGAGGACCUUUGGCUCCUCGGGGGUCCCUAAAGCUUCGACUCUUCAAACAAUCACUGGCUUUCCUCUCAGUCCUCAACCGCUGCGACCUAAAGCGUUUAGCACAGGCUGUCCCGGCGCCGUUGAGGGGAAGCUGGGCAAAAAACGCACGGAGGCCGACUUGUUGCGCUACAGCGACGAGCGCGAGCGUCUGGAGAAAGAGCGCGAGGAGGUCAGGAGCAGCCUGGCCAGCCUGAAAAAGGAACGGAGGGAAACCAAAGAGGAACUGAGCGCCUGUCAAGAUGCCAAGCAGCAGGCCUCAUUGGAAGCUCGGCUAAAGCAGAUGGAGGAGGCCAGUCGGGAAGAGGAGCAGCGGCGUGUAGAGGUGGAGCUGCGGCUGGUGGAGGUGAAGGAAAGCCUGAAGAAAGUGGAGGCCGGGCCCUUCACGCUGGGGACUACACUGGACAGCAACCUCCAAGACACGUCAACGACAAAACCAGUCAGCCCGCCUGCGUCCCAAAUUGCAUCCUCGCCAUCCUCAUCAUCUUCCUGCCAAGCAUCCAGCAGUCCCACCAGUGUCGAACCAGCAGCUCCUGUCAAUUCAGCCUCUGCACUGAAGAGCAGACCCGCGUCCAUUAUGGCCACCAAAGGCAAAGUGUUGCAGAAAGCCAAAGAGUGGGAAAGGAAGUCCACCACCUAAAGAAGAGAGUCCAAUGUCUUCUGUUGGAGUCCGUGUGGCCGUCCCUUAACUGUCUCCACCAAGUUGUACAGUCCGGUUUAAGUUUGUCAUGGUACGCUUCGGUACCCCAUCUCGUUUGUGUUCUUCCCAUUUUUGCACAGAAGCGACCAUUCUCUGCUGACCAACCAAAAAGGUGCCCAAGCAGAAAGGUGCUAAAAAGUUGUAUUUUAACAAUUAUCUCUCUCUCCAUCCCUCAAACACUUGUGACUUUUUCUGGGGGCUGAAACAAACUGUACUGCUUGGUGGAAACUUGGUAUUCUAGUUGGCAACUGCUCGACUGUUUGACCAGACUAUCAAAUAAAUCCUCAUCAAAUCGUCAUCCUCUGCACAAGAGCGUCCGCUCCGAAACCACUGGAUACCUAUAAAGACUUGUUGUGCUCCAAAGGGAGGGAUUUAAAUGUGGUAGCAUUCUGGCCAGUCGACGAAUUGUUCUUCAACACUGAAAAGCGUCUUAAGUUUGAAACCACUGACUGUCUUUAAUUGGCAAUGAGUCAUCCUGGAGAUUGUAGCUUGGUUCGACAUUUAUGCUGGUAGCCAAGAUGUAAAUAUACGCACGCCAUUUAUUCAGCCUUUUUUUGGGGUCUGUAUUGCUAGCUAAAAAUGCA